ACCCGCCUUCACGGGGUAACCUCGUCCCCACUGCUCCGCUUAUAAGACGAAGUGAGCUCUACCCAAAAGAAACCAACGCACAUAAUGGAGAGGAUUCUCCAUGUCCGACGGACGAAUUUGCAGCAAUCUUAUGUGCUCUGUUACGCAUUGCUACUUCUACUCUCCGGUGGAGCCCCGAAGGCGGCUGCCGGUGGUCCGAUAAAGACCGUGGUGAUUGUUGUGAUGGAGAACCGGUCGUUUGAUCACAUGCUUGGCUGGAUGAAGCGGAUCAACCCUGAGAUCAACGGAGUGGACGGAUCGGAGUGGAAUCCUACUUCGACGUCGGACCCGAACGGGGCUAGGGUUUAUUUCAAAGACAGAGCUCAAUUUGUGGAUCCGGAUCCGGGCCACUCCUUCGAUGCGAUUCUACAGCAGGUGUUCGGCUCGAACGACACUUCGGUUUCGCCGCCGCCGAUGAAUGGGUUCGUGCAACAGGCUGCGUCGAUGUCAGCGAACAUGACGGAGGCGGUAAUGAACGGGUUUCCGCCGGAGAUGGUAGCGGUGUAUAAGGAGCUCGUGUCGGAGUUCGCCGUCUUUGAUCGGUGGUUUGCUUCGGUGCCUGCAUCCACUCAACCCAACCGGCUCUAUGUUCACUCGGCAACCUCGCAUGGUGCUUCAAGCAAUGAUGCCGGUAAGCUGGCACUUGGUUUUCCUCAGAGAACAAUGUUUGACAAUAUUGAUGAUGCUGGUCUGUCCUUUGGCAUUUACUACCAAAACAUCCCUGCUGUACUCUUCUACCGCAACCUUCGCAAAUUAAAGUACAUUAACAAAUUCCAUUCCUAUGAUCUCUCAUUCAAAGCUCAUGCAAGCAGCGGCAAUCUUCCAAACUAUACCGUAAUCGAACAGCGAUACAUGGACUCUAAGAAUAGGCCUGCCACUGACGAUCAUCCUUCGCAUGAUGUUUACCAAGGACAAAUGUUCAUCAAGGAUAUUUACGAAACUCUGCGUGCUAGCCCUCAAUGGAAUGAGACUCUCCUUAUCAUUACUUAUGACGAGCAUGGUGGCUUUUUCGACCAUGUUCCUACCCCUGUGAAUGGGGUCCCAAAUCCUGAUGGAAUUAUUAGUCCAAGUCCUAUGAAUUUCAAAUUUGAUCGCUUGGGAGUGAGGGUACCUACCAUCAUGGUUUCUCCCUGGAUUGAGAAGGGUACAGUUGUUCAUGGCCCCAAUGGUUCACCAACAUCAACAUCUGAAUAUGAACAUUCAUCGAUACCUGCAACGGUGAAGAAAAUAUUUGAUCUGUCAUCACCAUACCUUACAAACAGAGACGCAUGGGCUGGAACUUUUGAGAGCAUUGUACAGAGGAGAACUGAGCCUAGAACUGAUUGCCCAACCCAACUCCCAAGCCCUGCAAAGAUCAGAAAAACCGAAGCCAACGAAGACGCCCCGCUCACCGAAUUCCAACAGGAACUCGCACAACUUGCGUCGGCUCUCAGCGGCGAUAACUCACUCAAAAACAUCGAGCACUUCAUAAAGAAAAUGAGUGUCAGACAAGGGUUGGCAUACGUAGAAAACUCCAUGAAGCGCUUUCUCGAAGCCGGAAUGGCCGCAAAGAAAAUGGGUGUCGAUGAGGAAAAGAUUGUGAAGAUGCGGCCGUCGCUAACUUCUAGAGCAAUGUCAUCUGCUGAACAUCCUUGAAACUAUUCCUGGAAGAAAAAUCAAUGUUUUUCGAUGUGAGUUACGAGUAAGUGCUUGUACUUCGCUGCUGCUUAUCCAUGGAUGUGGCUUGUGUCUAUCCUUUGUGUAUAUCUGUAUUCAUGCGAGUGCUUGUUCGUAGCAGUAUUAUAAGUAAUAAUAAUCAAGAGAAUGUUUCAUGACUA